AUGGGAAAGGUUCACGGAUCGCUCGCACGUGCCGGGAAGGUUAGGGGCCAGACCCCAAAGGUUGCCAAGCAAGACAAGAAGAAGAAGCCCAGAGGCCGUGCCCACAAGCGUAUGCAGUACAACAGGAGAUUCGUCACAGCCGUUGUUGGAUUCGGAAAGAAGAGGGGGCCUAACUCUUCCGAGAAUUUAAUAGAUGAUAUAUUUAGCUUUCGGUUGUUCGCCUCUCACAAGCCAUUUGUGACAGUUCCCUUUUCCACAACUGACAACAUUGCUCCUAUCUUAACAACAGCAUCACUGUUUCACUCCCUUCUCGUAGACUCUGACCUUGAGUGA